CUUGGAUUCUGCGCGAAUAGCUCGCCUCGUUCCACCGCAAAUGUGAUGGCGCGCUCUGAAUAUCGUGGCAAAGACGGCCCGAGACGGAUAAUUGGAGGUACGAUAAUGAAGAAAGUGUUGCAGCCAAGUACAUUUAUUUAAAAUCGUUGAACGGUGAUAUCAUUUUUCUCGAUUGCUUCAAUGUUCGUGAUCUGGAACUUGCACAUCGUUCUGCUCAGCGACGGGGAAGAAUUAGCAACGAAAGAAGAAAUGUGAUCCCCGCGGCCUGUGUGGCUAAGGACUGCGAGAAAACAGGUCAGGAACGAGAGCACGUAGUCAGCCUGUCAUCGAUAGAACCGAAGCAAGCACAAGCGCACACGAAAGAAGCCGAGCGAGAGCCGAGACAUGGACCAGUUCGACCUGAGCCGGGGAUUCCUGCAGCACCUGGAGAGCCUGGGCGGCGCCCGCCUGCUGCAGAGCUCGCCGGACCAGGAGAACGACGAGUGCUGCCGGCCCCGGAGGUCCCGCAAGCGUGGCGGCGGAGGCGGCUCGCAGCCCCGCUGCUCUGGUGGCGCCCAGCAGGCCGCCCAUCAGCGGCAGGCGGCCAAUAUGCGCGAGCGCCGUCGCAUGCAGUCGAUCAACGACGCGUUCGACGGGCUCCGGGCGCACAUUCCGACGCUGCCGUACGAGAAGCGCCUCUCCAAGGUCGACACGCUGCGGCUCGCCAUCGGCUACAUCGGCUUCCUCACCGAGCUCGUCGACUCGGGCCGGCACCCCGCGGACACGCUACAGCAGCAGAUACAGGAACAGCAGGCCAAGAAGGUCAUCGUGCAGUGCAACAAAGGUCUGAUGAACGGUUCCUACCUUCCCCUGGCUGGCCACUCGUUGUCUUGGUCUUCAGAAAAGCAGGGCCCCACUGGCAACGUGAUGGUAGCCAAAGUCUGGACGCCUGAAGACCCCCGGAAAGUGCAGCAAAGGAACAGGAACGACAACGAGCCAUGAACUUCUCGCCGCUUUACUGCCCAUCUUGCUGAAUUCCUAUAGUCUUCGCCACGGAUCACGAGCCUCCAACACGAGGGGCUUCAGAAAAUGGCGUCAUCGUGUUCAAUGCCUAUAAUAACUACUCGCGCAUGCGUUUUGAGAUGUAGUAAGCUUCGUGCCAUCUACUAUUUGCAACGCCAGAUCAGGCAACGCUCUUUCUUGCUGCCUACUUAAGUGUGUGGCGUACGACGAUCUCAUUUUCUGUGCGCGACUUCAACUGUGUUUACCUUUUCUUUUGACAAUUUCUCCGGCCACUUGUCUCAACUAAUCAGUGAGCGCGUAACCUGCGCAAUGAAUAUGGUUAAAGAAGCUGAGAAUUGUCGAUGAUGCGCUUAUUUAAAAACCCCUAUAUAGGGAUCCGCUUGGAAAGCUGUUACGUAGUCUCGCGUGUUUCUUUUGUUUGUUUUUCGUUUUGUUUUUAGACAAGAGCCACCUUUGUCUUCUAGUCCAAAUGGUGGUCAGAAUGACGGCGUUGCAUUCCUUUCUUUAUGUGGAAGAUACGCUGGAUUGACCUCGAAUGACGAAGGAUGAUAGAGAAUACUGUUCUAAACCUGUAUCUGUUAGGGCAAAUCUGUUCUGUGGAAUCCCACAGAGUGGAGGAAGUUUCAUGAAAGGAAAAAGUGUGAUCUAUCCGCAUGUAGCGUGAAGCUACAAAGGAAACCCAUGCCGGUUUCCCUUGUAGCUGCCUGCUACACGCGGGUGAAUGAUAAUGUUUCCUUUCCUGUAUCUGUUACCUGAGUUUCUACCGAGCGCGUUUGCCGUAUGGCCCAAUGGGCGAACCCUGUAAGCUUUGGACUCUGAUAGAACGUCUAGUCAUUACCUCAAGACACUCAGUGCAUUGUAUAAGCAUCUGCUCACUUGUACCGGUGUAAUUUUUUGUGAAUUGCUGUUAUUUCUUGCGGCUCUGUGUUACUUUGAACAAGUUUGCUUAUCUAAUAAUUCGUUAACUCUUUUCAGUCGACGCUUGGCCACAGAACUUGUGCUUAUUGGGCAUAAGAAGGUGCCAGUAAAUUCCUGCACGCACUAUCACUUCAGAGUCCCAUUGUGUGCAAUCUUCGUUGGGUGGUCGUUGAUUUUUUCCAUGCGUUGCUUUAGCCCAUGUUAGUUUAUGCGGAAAGUUCGGUCAUAUUGGCGUGCCUAUUGUCAUUCCGCUGUAGAUUGGAUUGCUGUUCACAGUCAUUAUAUUUACAUGAACAGAAGAGAUACUGCAAAAGGGUCGUAUCUUCCUUUUUUUCUUUUGUGACAGUGUUUAUUGUGUGAAAGAAAACGACUCUCUGAAAUAUUGAUUGAUUUAUUGAUUAAACGAUUGGC